AGCAGAGUGAGGUCGUUAGCGGGCUGUGUCGUUUGUUAUCUCUGCACUUUGACAUGCAGAAUAGGACACACCGUUAACAAAAGAAACCCAGCAGCACAGUAGAACAGUAGAGCAGAGCGGUCGGGAUCUUGCAUAAUUUAGGCUCCGCUGCAAUAUUUGCAAAUCAAUUUGAGGAAAUUACAUUCUGGUAAUACUUUCUCCUGCCAGAAGUGCUGCAAUGGGUAGUAGAGGUGUGUGUGUCACUGUGAUCCUCCUCAUGUGUGUUCUUGGAGUCCAAGCGUUGGACCUACUGAGGGCAACUGCAACAUCUGGGCCUCCUUCACCUCCUCCCCCCAUUGCCAAUGUGCAUUGCUGGUGUGCGAGUUAUCCAAACUUGACCAUAUGCUCCUGGCCUGAACUUUCUCACUCCCCGCCAACGCACUACAUUGCUACCUACAGGGAGAGACACAGACAGCUGGACACCAAGCAGUGCCAUCUCAUCCAGCCUGGCUCCUCGUCCUCAUUUCCGACUGCAGCAUCUCUGUCCUCAUCUCAAUGGUUUUGGCACUGCCGCCUGCCCAACCUGAAACUCCUCACUGACUACAUCAUCAACAUCACAGCAGUUAAUUCUGGCGGGAGCAGCUCCUAUCUAUCAAGUUUCAUGCUGGAGGACAUAGUGAAACCAGAUCCUCCAGUAAACGUACGGGUUUCCCCUCUUAACAAGAGAACCUUGUUGAUGAAGUGGUCCCCUCCCCCUACUUGGACUAACCUGGACAUCCUCCCCCUAAAAUACCAGAUACUGUACCAGUGGGAAAACAGGGGCAUCCCGAAAUCUCUGGGGCCUUUUGAGAGCACCAAGGUUGAGCUGAAGGGGCUGACACCAGGAAGGCCCUACCUGUUCCAGGUGUGUGCCAAGGAGCUGCUGGGUCUGGGCGAGUGCAGUGACUGGAGCUUGCCUGUAAAAAUCAUCAUACCGAGAUCAAGACUGUAGCUGCCUCCUCUCACUUCCUGUUUUAUUUAUCAGUCUUCUUUUAAGCUACCAGUAAAGUGAAACUGAACUUGUUUGUUGUUUUGCAAUGCAAGCAGUAUUAUAUUUUUAUUUUAUUCUAUGAUAUUUUUAUUAUAUUUUCCUUUAUUUAUGAAUUAAUAAAUUGAUAUUAUUUGUACAGUGUACAGCCACCUUUUCCACAGACAUUUUUAUUAUCUUUUCUGUAAUACUGCUGGUUUGAGUCGGUCUUUAUAGCAACUGAUAAUAACCACACCGUUAGGCUGCCAUAAUCCCUUCUAAGACACAUUUCACCAUCUGUUUAUCUUUAUGUGGCAGCCAACA